AUGCAAUUGAUUCUUUCAUUUGAUGAAUCCGAGAACGAUUCAAAUAUUAUCAAGAUUCACCAUAUGCUGCAUCGGCAUGACAGCUCUCAGGCACAUUAUUACAGCCCAGGAACCUACGGUACUGAUACUGCUGCCCUAAAGGAAUAUGUCAUGGGAGGGUAUAGAUUUCUCAUGAAGCAAUGCAAGACUGAGGAUGAGAUUUUCAUCUUUGGCUCUGCAAGGGGAGCUUAUGCAGCGCUAUAUUUAGCGGAAAUGAUUGAGCGUGUGGGUCUCCUUUCUGGGAAUGAGGAAGAACUGGCUCCUAUUGUGUGGGAAGUUUACCAAGAUUGGAAACGAAAUCAGUUUCCUAAAACGAAAAGGCAAGAACGGAAACGACAAGGGUUGUUGGAAACAAUCAAAGGAUUUCGGGAGACCGUCUGUCGACCUGCCGGCAGAGUCAAGUUCUUUGGUUUGUUUGAUAUGAUAGGUUGCACUCGCAAGCGGGCCCUAACACAAGCCUUAUGGCAUUGUUCCAUCCCAAGCACGGCCCAAUAUAUUCGCCAUGCAGUCUCCAUAGAUGAAGGACGGGCUGAAUUAUCGCCAACUCUGAUCCAGUCUAUGGGCGAGAACCAAGGAAUGUCAGACAUUCAAGAAGUAUGGUUUCCAGGGUCCCAUGGUGACAUUGUGGGGGGUCUAGCGUUAGAGCCUGGAGAGCUCUUCAGUCUUAGCCGGGUGCCCCUCAUCUGGAUUAUUCACGAGGCGCAGAAGGCUAGUCUACGCCUUGACCAGAGUAAGCUUAUUGAGUAUGGAUUUGCUGAGCAAGAGAGCCAAUUUUGUCACUCCUUGUAUCUUGCCAUCGCAACUGGGCGCGUCCAUAAUUCCUUGCCUUCAUUAGACCCAUCUCGGAUGUUUUUCAAGGUCAAACAUAUGGUUCGGCAAAAUCUUCCAUCCCACAGUUCUCCACCAGAGUCAUCUGCAUCGCAAGGGAGACGGCGAAAUAUUAGACCCAAAGCCGCCGUGCAUACAUCCGCUUUAUGUCGGAUGCGUUUGAACAAACAGUACAGACCAUCCAACCUAGUACUGGGAAAUAAUGUCGGGGAAUGGGUUAUUUUAAGGAAGCAGGGCGAUCCUGUCGAAGAAUGUUACGCUCGGAAAAUCUGA